CCCGGCCUCGUCUCUAUGGUUUCCUGUGUGAGGCGCUCUAGCCUGCGCAGAUCGAGACGUCGCGGCGGCCUUGCUAGGUUACAGGAGACUCCGGAAAGCGCCUCGCUGGUCGCGCGGUCGGCCAUGGAGACCCUGCGCAAAGUGCUGAUCGCGGGCGCAGUGCUGGGCGCGGGGGCUGGCGUGGGCACCGCGCUCUUUGUCCUCGUGGCCCCGGGAGAACAGCAGAAGCAGGCGAUGCUGAAGGAGAUGCCGGAGCAGGACCCGCAUAGCAGGGACGAGGCGGCCAGGACCAAAGAGCUACUUCUGGCCUCUCUGCAGGAGGCAGCGGCCACGCAAGAGAACGUCGCCUGGAGAAAGAACUGGAUGAGUGGCGGCGGCGGGAAGUCAGCCUGAGGUCAAACCUGCCCCCGUGCGCGCCGGGACCUCCGCUGCAGCGCAGGAACCCGAGCCGGCCUUACUCCUCUAUGGGCCGGCGGGGAGUCCAGACACGCGCAGACCUCUUCGGGACCUGGGGAGCUGCCGCCGGGUGAGCACGUUCCCCCCCAAACCCUGCAUUGACUGCGUUUUAACGUCCACGUCUUGUGCCAGGUCAUCGGAUGUGGCUAACUGAAGGAACCAAUAAAUCAUGUUCCUCCAUCCAGAGAGUGAGCGCUGCGGCUGGACGCCCAUAAGAGCCUAGAGUGUUAUGGGGGUCAGUGCUGCGGGCGGGCUUGAGUGCAGCUCCUGCCUGCCCCGCCCCUCAUGUGACGCUGAAGCCCUAUAGGCAGAGCGACCACGUUUUCAAAACACACGUCAGGUCACGUGGUUUGCGUGAGUGUACUUUCGGGGAUAACCGACUGACGUUCUUGAAAUCAUUAACUAUCCUGGAAACUCUUGUGCAGUAAAUACCCAUAGAGGACACUCUGGGUGCCUGUCCUUCGAAUGAGGUUGGAGAGGGGCUUCUAGCAAUUAACAUGUGCCAUAAUGCCUUCUGUGACCUUAAUUUAACCUUCGGAGGCCACCGUGGCAGGAGCGGUAAAAGGAGUGUGCUUUGAGUCAGAUCUUGUUUCAACUCCUGCAUGUUAAAAAACCUCUGAGCCUUAGUCCUGUUCCAUAAAAGGUGAUAAUUGGGAAUUUCCUGGUGGUCCAGUGGCUAAGACUCCGUGCUCCCAAUGCAGGGGGCCCUGGUUCGAUCCCUAGUCAGGGAACUAGAUCCCAGGUGCUGCAACAAGAGUUCGCAUGCCGCAACUAAGAGAUCCCGCAUGCUGCAGUGAAGAUCCCACUAAGACCUGGUGCAGAUAAAUACAUAAAUAAAUAAAUAAAUGGUGACGAUUA